UCUUGUAGAAGAAUCUUUGGGUGCACUAAUUCGUUGUCUCUGUGGAGCACGUACAGCUUGAUUACUUAUGACUGGGAUCCAUGCCCAGUUCUGCUGUGUUGGAUUCUACUUGCUUGGUCUCUGUUGUACGCUGCUCGGGAGCUGUUAGAUACUGGAAGAGAGAUCGUCUGUUGUAGCAGAUUGUAGAAGUGUGCUGGAACCAAGUGGAGGCAUGUGUGGUCAAAGCUUACUGUGAACUCCUCGCUGCGUAGGUUUCGGUAGAUUGUAGGAUCGCUCGCGAUGGCGCUUCAUGACAGAGAAGGAGGUGGGACUGCAGCUCCGAAUGGGCAGUUGGUGGAGGAGGUGCCACUGGUGCACAAAGUGUUGGUGCCACCGCCAGGCGGCAUCUUUAAGGAAGUGGGUCAGGGAAUCUGGGAGACGUUCUUUUACGACGCACCCGUUGAUCGAUUCCGAGGUCAGAGCAAGCGCAUUAAGAGCUGGCUGGGACUCAAAUUUCUCUUCCCAAUGCUUGAAUGGAUCACUUCGUAUAAAUCCAGAAUGUUUGUGGGUGAUCUCAUUGCAGGCAUCACCAUCGCCAGCCUCGCCAUCCCUCAGGAUCUUGGUUAUUCGAAGCUCGCUGGAGUGCCGCCUGUCAAUGGACUGUAUUCAAGUUUUGUGCCACCGCUAAUUUACUCCGUGCUAGGGAGCUCAAGAGACAUAGCGAUUGGGCCCGUUGCGGUGGUGUCGCUUCUUAUGGGAACUUUGCUGAAGCAAGAAAUAUCCCCCACGGAGCAACCCGCGCUUUACUUGCAGCUCGCAUUCACGGCGACUUUCUUCGCGGGCAUCUUCCAGACUGGCUUGGGAAUCUUGCGCCUGGGCUUUGUAAUUCAGUUUCUCUCCCAUGCGGCGAUUGUGGGCUUCAUGGCCGGCGCAGCUGUCACCAUCGCCUUGCAACAACUCAAAGGAUUACUGAACAUAACAAAUUUCACCACCGACACUGACUUCGUCUCGGUCAUGAAAUCAGUGUUUGGGCACAUCGACGAAUGGAACUGGCGAUCUAUUGUAAUUGGGCUUGCCUUCUUGUCAUUUCUCGUGGCUGCUAAAGUUUUGGCCAAGAAGAAGCCCAAGCUCUUUUGGGUGUCAGCAAUUGCACCACUUACUUCCGUGAUCCUUGCGACAGUGUUCGUGUUCGUCUUCAGGGCAGACAAGCGCGGGGUCAAAGUUGUUGGGCAUAUCAAGCAAGGAGUGAACCCAUCGUCAGCAGACCAAUUACUUUUCACUGGAAAGUAUGUGGGAGCAGCAGCUAAAAUUGGCUUGGUUACAUCGCUUAUUGCACUCACCGAGGGCGUUGCAAUUGGGCGAACAUUUGCAGCGUUACGGGACUACCAUAUCGAUGGGAACAAGGAGAUGAUCGCCUUUGGUAUCAUGAACAUUUGUGGAUCCCUCACUUCAUGCUAUUGCGCAACAGGGUCAUUCUCAAGGUCAGCCGUGAAUUACCAGGCGGGAGUGAAGACAGCCAUGGCUAAUGUGGUUAUGGCCAUUACGGUGCUCAUCACGCUCCUGUUUCUCACCCCUUUGUUUAAAUACACGCCCAAUACCAUCCUCUCUGCAAUUAUCAUCUCUGCAGUCCUGUCCCUGAUCGACUUCAAAGCCGCAUGGAUCAUUUGGAAGAUUGACAAGUUCGACUUCCUUGCUACUCUGGGAGCUUUCUUCGGUGUCUUCUUCGUGUCUGUGGAGAUCGGGCUUCUCAUCGCGGUCUGCAUCUCGUUCGUCAAAAUUCUUUUCAACGUCACUCGACCCCAUACAGCUCUCUUAGGGAACAUCCCUGGGACGAACGUCUACCGAAACUUACAGCAAUACCCAAAAGCCACUGUCGCACCUGGGAUUGUUGCAGUUCGGGUCGACGCUGCCAUUUACUUCUCUAACUCGCAAUACAUUCAUGACAAAGCCCUCCGAUACGUCGAGGAUGAGAUGGCUAAGCCCGGGAGCACUCCAAUCCAGUACCUCAUCAUAGACUUGACCCCUGUGACAAACAUUGACACAAGUGGAAUCAUUGCCAUGGAGGAGCUUCAGAGAAUUUUGAAGAAACGAAAGAUUCAGUUGGCGUUUGCAAACCCAGGAUCCCAAGUCAUCCAAAAGUUCGACAGUUCCGGGCUUUUGGAAGAGCUCGGAUCAGAGUGGAUAUUUUUCACAGUUGGGGAGGCCGUUCAAGUUUGCUCAAUGUUUUUGAACAAAGCUGCAGGCGAGGGAUCAGUAUGAUCACAUUUUUGACAGUUUUGUUUUAUGGUCUUAUUCCAUUUGAAGCUCAGAGAGACUCACUGGUACCAAAACAUCUCGUUUGGCAAGUCUCUCCAACUAGGACUCGUGUUUUUUGGCCAGUAGCCCAACACUGAGUUUAUGUGCAAAAUUCUUGCACAUUUCACUGAAUAUAGUCACAGUUAGACUUGACCCAUUUGCUAGAGUUCCUCAAUGCCGACAGUCUCAGGUUUUGGAUCCUCUUUGCAACAAAAUGAUAAAACUGGCUUUAUCUUGUUGAUCUUCGUC